CGGUGUGGGUCUCAGCUCCUGUACAGUAACAUGGCGGGCUGAUGUAAGCUUUAAUGUGACUUUAGAAACCUGGAUCUCUGGACCCUGUCCCCGUGGUGUUUAUAUCUCCCCUCUGGAGCCAGAAUAAGGAUUUCAUCUAUGGCUGGGACAUGUUCGAUCCCCCCCGGUAACCGUCCACAGAGCCCGUUCCGGUAGCAGAGCCUGGGAUUCGAUCCUUCGUGGUCCGGGUCUAGCUUCUUCCCCGGGUUCGGUACGAGGCGAUCCAGCCUCCGCCACCGAGGAGGAAGCCUCAAGUCCUCGCGGGUGAGAAGAAACUCGCCCCACACAUAAGGAAGCAUCUGACAAGACAACCCCAGCACCAGACACCCUAUGGAUCCCAGUGACUCUGGACAAGUGAGAAGAAACUCGCCCCACACAUGAGGAAGCAUCUGACAAGACGACCCCAGCACCAGACACCCUAUGGAUCCCAGUGACUCUGGACAAGGGCAAGAGAAGCCAUCAGAGCAGAUUCCUGAUUUAACACCCAGCUCCACGGGACGGCUGCGGAAGAGGAAUCCCAAAUAUUUAGAUUUUGAAACUGAAGACACGUCUGAUGUGCCGAAAAAACCACAGAGAAGGAGCUCAGGAAGAGUAGCAGCUGCUAAGAGGACUCCUGCAAAGAGAGCGAAAGCUAACAAUGACGCACAGGAGACAGCAGACGGGGAACACGAAGCAAACGACAAAACACCUGAAGAGUCUGCAGGAAUCACUCCACGGAAAACUCCUAAAAAGGCAGGAAGAGGCAGAAAGGCUAAAAGGACGCCUGUGAAAAGAACUCCAGCUAAGAAAGCUCCCGCUCCUGCUCCUGAUGGAGGCCUCCAGGCGGAGGACGGUGGAGUCGUGGCUGCUGUGCAGCAGGAGAACGGGACUCCAAAGCCAAAGAGGAAAUACGUGAAGAAGCAGAAAGUUGAGGCUGUCGUAGAACCACCGCCGCCGUGUGAGGAGAAGGAGGAGCCUGAGGAGGAGAUCCAGCCCGGGGGUCGACGCAGGAGAGGUGCUGCUAAAGCGGCUUUGAAGUAUCUGCACAUCUUGGCUCAGGAGGUGCUCCGACAUCCCGAGGAUGAGGUCGCUCCUCCGUCAGGAAGAAACAAUGAUGACGCCAAAACAGAGUCACAAACAGGCGGAGCACAGAAGGGUGUGAAAGGAAACAAAGGGCGCAGAGGUCAGAAGAGGAAACGUCUGGACAGCGAGCCUUCGGACGGGGAAGAAUUUGUCCCAGAUGCUAAAGACAUGGACGAGGAGGAGGAGGAGGAGGAGGGGGAGGAUGAAGAUGAAGAGUAUGAAGAAGAGGCUGAGGACUCGGACGCAGAGUUGUGGAUGGAUGGACGACGUCCUGCAACUACUCCUGUCAAGAGACCCUACUCCUGCAAUAGCACCAAAGCUCCCAACGGGCUCCUCACCAACAUGAUGACUCCUGUGUGGAGGUCUGCCGAGACCACCAAGAAAUUCCGGGAGGAGCACCACAGCAGCUGGGUGUUCCCAGAGUGGAUACCCUCUGACAGCCACUGGCACCCAGUACCAGAAAGGGAUAUGGAGAAGUAUCUUCCUCGUGAGCUCCAGUCAGCUGCUUUCAAAGUGUCCAGAGAAGGCCUCAGGCAGGAGGAGUCGCCUCUGCAGAGACUCAGCAGGUUCUCCGCACUACCCGCUCACCCGGACCGCUGGGACAUGUUCCUGUUUGCAGGGGGGCCGGUGUGGGCCUUGGAGUGGUGUCCCACACCUGACGGGGCUCCGGCAUCUCAGUACAUCGCUGUCUCCUGCCACCGAGGGAUGGAUGAGAAGCACUGCUUCAGCGAGACCUACACCGGACAUGGGCUCGUGCAGCUGUGGGGCGUCGGCACGCUGGAGCUCAGCAGCAGACCAGACAUCACACCGGCCUUGUCGUACGGCCUGGCCCAGGACAAAGGCUUCAUCUGGCAGCUGAAGUGGUGUCCUUCAGGCUGCUGGGAGCCUCCAGACUGUGGCAGAAAGGCUCCUCUCCUGCCCCGGCUGGGUCUCCUGGCAGUAGCAGCCUCCACCAGCGUGGUCACCAUCUACAGUCUGCCCCACCCUGAAGCUCUGCGCUCCAACAGGAAGCCAGCCAACUCUGGAAAAGACGACCAACAGUUGCAGAUAUUCCAGGCAGAGGCAGUGCUAACUCUGAAGCUGGGCUCCUUCAAAGACCCUCGCCAUGAGAGGAGCGGACAGGUCCUGUCUAUGGAUUGGCUGCCUGAGAAACCACACAAUAUAAUGGUUAUUGGAUUCUAUGAUGGUGUGGUAGGUCUGUGGGAUUUGUCCACCAAGACCGGGUUGCUGCGAGUGCGAGAGCCUGACGCGUCACUCAGCUUGCUUCCUUAUCGAUGCUUCCUGGCUCACGACAACGCAGUCCGAGCUCUGGGGUUCUGCCCGGCCUCCAGGAACUUGUUGGUGACGGCAGGAGAGGACCGGUACGUGAAGACCUGGGAUCUGAGGAGGCUUGACGAUCCAAUCACGGUUCAGAAACGUCACCUGAGCAACGAAGUCUGCUGGCCGCUGAACGCACCCGGCAUCCUGUGGGCUCAGGACAACGCCUACGCAGCGAGUGGCUCACACGGCGUUCAUUACUCUGACCACAACAUGCGCACCGUGUUUGCAAUUCCAAGGACGGGCACUCUGUGGUCCAUAUCCUACUCUGAUUGGUUGAACACUCUGGUGACAGCAGACAGCCUUGGUGAGGUGAUACUCGCCCUGUUACCGCACAUAUACCACUCCCCACAGUACCUCAAACGCACCAAAGACCGACGAUUCCCCGUCUACCUCACAUCCAUGGUGCCUUAUGAUACAGCUACAGAAGCAAAUCCAGAGACGGGAGGAGUGGAAGAUGAGGAGGGGGAGGAGGAAGGAGGAGAGACAGAAGGGCUGAACGGAUCUGAAGGAGGAAACGGGAACAGUAAUGAAAACAGAGGAGGAAGAGGGAGAGCCAGGAGGAAUAAAAACCCCUCUCUGUGUGUCCGUAAAUACAAAGAAGCUGCAAAGAAGUACUUCCUCCACCUCACGGACAACAACAUGCUGACAUUCACAGGAAGCGAGAAGCGAGCCGUGUGGAAACGCAUGAGUGACACUGAGCAGAAGGCGAAGCUGAACCUGGAUGAGAUGACACUGGGUGCACUACACAAGGUCCGUUUUAACCCUAACAUGCUCUGCCACACCUGGCUGGUCUCUGCGGGGCAGACCGGUGUGGUCAGACUGAACUGUCUGAGGAGCAUGCUCAGCUCUGAAACCAAGAAGAUGAUGAGUCGGAGUAAAGCCAAGUUCAGCACUCUGAACUCUGCUGCAGACCAGAGAGAGGCCGUCCAGUCUGAGACCGAGGAGCUCUAGCAGGAGACGGGGGUCCGCUCAGAGUCAGAGGGCGGAGUGUAGAUCAUGUUUGCUGUUAUCAUUAGGUCUCAUGUUUCAAAUCAAUGAAGACAAAGACAAAUGACCCACCAUGUUAUCUGCAAAUCAGGAUCAGAGACAGUUCUGGGACACAGUAACUCUUUCAUGAACUCUGAUGAACUCUGAUGAACUCUGAUGAACUCUGAUGAACUCUGAUGUAGCUUGAGUUUCUGCCUGAAAGUCCUCGGAGUAAAAGGAAAGAAACAACAUGUGUCCAUAAACGCAGCCAGACACGACCAAACUGAACUGAUCACCACCUCACUUCACAAAUAUCUGAAGACAUAUUUUUUCUAUAUUUUUCCACAAAGUGUCAUCAGAGCUGUAAAUGAUGAGUUUUUAUUUUUGCAUCCAAGACGUUUGAGCGGCUAGCAGUGAAGUGCCUUAGUUCAAAUGUGUGACAGUUUCCACCUCUCGCUUUUUUAAUCCAGAGUUAAGGUUUAAGUUCCUUCAGUGUCUCUUAGUUUAAAUAAGGGGAUUAAACCAGUGAAAAAAAAGAUUUAACAUUUUUUAAAUUCUGACUUUUUUCAACUAAAUUCUCAGAUUACAAAGAUUUAAGUUAUUACUUUCAUUAAAUUCUGAGAAAAAAUUAACUUGAACGCCUGAUAUUGAAGUCAGAAUUCCAAAUUAAAUCAUACAAUUCUGAGACAGGAGUCAGCAUUCCAGAAUUAAAAUCAGAAUCCUGAAAGAAAAAGUCAGUAUUCUGGAAUUAAGCUCAGAAUUCUAGAGGGGGGAAAGGCAGAAUUUUGAGUUUAAUCAUAGAAUUUUGGGAGUAGUAAUUUUGGAAUUAAAUUUACAAUUCCGGGGUCUAAAUUCAGAAUUCCGGAAUUAAACUCAGGAUUCUGGAAUUAAUAUCAGAAUUCUGGAAUUAAACUCAGUAUUCUGGGGAAAAAAAAGUCAGAAUUUUUAAUUUUAAUCAUGGAAUUCUAAAACAGGAGUAGGAAUUUUGGAAUUAAUCUCAGAAUUCUGGGGGGGGGGGGAAUGUCAGAAUUCUGGAAAUAAUAUCAUAAUUCUGGAAUGAAACUCAGUAUUCUGGAAUUAAACUCAGAAUUUCGGAAUUACACUCAGAAUUCUGGAAUUAAACUCAGAAUUCUGGAAUGAAACUCAGAAUUCUCAAAUCAAUAUCAGAAUUCUGGAAUGAAACUCAGAAUUCUGGAAUGAAACUAAGUAUUCUGGAAUUAAUAUCAGUAUUCUGGAAUGAAACUCAGAAUUCUGGAAUUAAACUCAGAAUUCUCGAAUCAAUAUCAGAAUUCUGGAACUAAACUCAGGAUUCUGGAAUGAAACUCAAAAUUCUGGAAUCAAACUCAGUAUUCUGGAAUUAAUAUCAGAAUUCUGGAAUUAUACUCAAAAUUCUGGAAUUAAACUCAGAAUUGUCAGGGGAAAAAGGCAGAAUUUUGAGUUUAAUCAUAGAGUCCUGAGACAGAAGUAGAAAUUCCAAAAUUAAUCUUAGAAUUCUGAAGUAAAAAGGCAGAAUUCCGGAAUUAAAUUCAGAAUUCUGGAAUUAAACUUUUCCGGGAAAAAGUCUGAAUUUUGAGUUCAAUCUCAAUUUUCUGCGAUUAAAUUUAGAAUUUUUAUUAAAAAGUAAGACAACAAAAAAAUAUUUUUUAGUGGCCUUUAUUCCACUUAAGUAUAAUUUUGACCACAAGUAAAUAUAGCAGCAUUCAAAGGUAAUAAAAUCAAACCUGAUGAUAAAUAAUAACUGAAACUCUCGUUCAGUCGACCUGUGGUGGUUAAAGUUGUUCACAGCGGUGUAGACGUGUUCUUCAGGGUGCGUCAGCUCGCUGUGACAUCAUCACUGGGCGUGGUUAAAGGUGCAAUCCGGUGUUUUGUUUUUCUAAAGAGAACACUGCUUUAAAAAUACUAAAAAUAAACCUUAAAUAUUUUCAUUUAAACCAGAAUAAUGAGACACAGACAUCACUUCUUCCUUCAAUUCAAACAUAAGCCUCCAACAGGAAGUCAGUGAAGUAUUAAAAUGAGAGAAACUGAGGUGACUUAAAUCCUGGAUUCUUUCUUUUGACAUUUAUUAGAGACUGUUGAAUUAAUUCAGUGAGAAACUCCUCCACGGCUCACAUGAUGGUGUCGUUCUUCAGGCUCGUUGGUGAUCAGAAACAAAGUCUCACUUGUCGUCCAUACUUUACCGCUCGACUCUUAAAGAUCCCUUCACGUCUCCGCGCUCUGUUAAAGUUUGAAACCUGCUCCGUUCAGAUAUUCAACAUGUGAGCAGAGAGCUGAAAACACGGAGCGAAUCUUUGAGAUCCUUUCAGCUGCUGAACUUUUCUCUGUGCUCUUGUAUCAUGUCAAACGACUCAGGAUGUCACUGAGGGGAAAUACUUGAAUUUUUUAUUGUAAAUGCAGAAUGUAAGAUUUAUUAAGGAGAGAUUUUAAGACUUCAUUGUUCCUUUCUUUCUCAGUCGACUCCCGGUUAUUCUGAUGAUUCAAAGUUUCGGUGUUUUAUUUUUCUACUUCAUUUUCAGCGUCGACAAAACAAACAGAAAUAUUUUUACAGCUUCGUCUGAAAUGUCUUUCUUUUAAUUUAUUUUAGGGGUUUUUAAAAGUUGUUUUUUUAUAUAUAUAUAUAUAUGUACAAAUCUCCUGACAGUGUCACCUUUACUGUAACACGUCAUUUUCAUUAAAGUCAUAGAUAAUUUAAGCAUCACGAUGUACAGCACAUGCUCUGUUAUGUUCUGCUCUUUUGCUAUUUUUGAAAUGUUAAAUGUAAUAAAUGCUUUUGUAAUAAAACCUCAUUUAAAUAAAUGUUGAUUAAAUAUCA